AUGCGCAACAGCACGCCUGGUUCAUCCCAGUCGCAGGCUACAGAAAGCUCGCAAACGCCAAUCACGCCGCAAUUCAACCCUGGAUUGCCGUCCCUUGACGGCUUCGGUCUCAAUGGGAAUGCGUUCUUCGAUUUCUCGGGCCCGUUAGGCAUUGGCACUUGGGACGAGGCAAUGCUCCUGAGCCCUAACUCAUGGCCAUCGGAUCCUGCGAUGGCAGGCUCAAGUGCUCCGUUAGACAUCGUACCUCCGCCAAUCCAUCAGCUGCCCUUCGGACACCAGUCGUCUGGCCCGCAUCCGCCGCCUGCGAGAGGACCUGGUGGCAGCAUCAACUCGAUCCCAGAACGAACCGCGCAUCAGCCGGAUCCGAACUCAACAUCGCCAUUCUCUACCGAGGGCCAGCCGCAUGUCUCAGGUGAUGAUGACUUCCUCAUCAAUACGUUCCUGCAGAUGCUCAUGCCACCCAUCCUAACUCCGGUCGAGAUCGGGCCGAAGUGGGCCUCGACGCGAGCCUUUUUCGGCACCAUGGCUACGGAAUCAUCUAUUGUAAAGUCUGCGAUCAUGGCUUUUGCAGCGAUGCAGAUGCGAAGAAGUGGGUUGGGCGAUGAGACAAGACGGGAUUGGCGGCCGCUCUACGAUACCGCGGCCAGGCAGCUAUCAAGUGCUCUAGCAAAAAGGAGGAAAGGGGAAGAUCAAGGGAAGGAUGCACUCAAGUAUAUCCUAGCCUCUAUAUUCUUGCUCACGUAUACGGAUCUGCUUACGGAGACCCUUCCGAGGGCCCACGCAAACUUACGAGAAGCCUAUAAUCUCAUACAGAAUGCUGACAAAGACUCUUUCUCUGUCCCCGAAAGGCGUUUAAUAUCCUGGCUACGUCUUCUGGAUGCUCGUGCUGUGUCGACUGCUGGAGGCGAAGGCCUCUUCCUCGCCGACCCAGACGAAACACUCUUCGAUGCAUCCCCAGCCGCAAACCCUACUUCGGAACCCGAAACCCUCGACACCGAAAUCGAAGAGAUCCUUUUCGACGUGCUGUACCACCCGGGCAUCGUUUUCUACCAAAAGGUUCAAUCCUUCGUCGGCCGCAUCACGCGCAUCGAUCCGUGGCACCGCAGCCGUGGAACAGUCCAGGAUGAGACUGAGGUCAUGGCACUCGCAGCGCAAAUAUCAAUCGACCUGCAUGCCCUCUACGGCCAACGCCCCGCACUCAUGGACCACGCUGUGGCCGGAAACCUCACCGAAAAGCACCUCGCGAAGAACCUCGCCGCAGCCCUAACCCGCAGCUUCCGGACCUACCUUGCAAACUACUACGCCUCCUUCCUACACCUCCACCGCGUCGCUUACGUGCAGUACCCAAAAACAAAAGACGUCAACUCCGCAAUCGCGAACAUUAAGCGGCUCGCACACCUCAUGGCGCAGACGGACGAAAGCUUACCGGUGAACUUGCUCUGGCCGCUACUGAUGUGGGGUUGUGAAGAGGAUGAUUUGGGGGAGAGGAGGUGGAUUAUUGAAAGUAUCAGAGGGCUCGAGAGUAUUGCCACGAAUGCGAAAGCGACAGCGGAUUUGCUCGAGGAAGUACAGAGACGGCAGGACGAAGGAAAGAGGAGAGUUGACGUGAGAAGUGUGAGUCAGGAGUAUUUUGCCAGUCAUCAUUUCGCGAUUGUCUGA